GCACGCCGGGUUAAUAGAAUAUCACAACUGUAAAGUACAGAGUAUAUAUUAAAUAUAUAUGGGAAAAUAUAGCUGCGCUCCGGGCAGCGUCCAAUUUAUUCGGCGGGCGACAUUUAAACGGUGGAAGGACAGGGUCAGACACUUAACCGCCGUGUUCCAUUUCAAUUCCGAUCUCCUAGUCGGGAAGUGUGAGCUCUCAUAGCUCGUGUGCCGGGAAUGCUAAUUAGAUGCUUACUUUUCCCCUAGAGCGUCUGCUUAGUCAGCACAUUUCUCGAUCAAAUAACAAAUAUGGUUCUCAGUUCCAAGCGUUCUCCGAAAAAGGCACAAUGACUGGAUCAGUUCACGAUCCCAAAUGGAGCUUGGAGCGUCGCGAGUCCUCUGGCCAUUUGGUGUGGCGCAAGGAUUCGCCGGAGUCAAAGGUCCGUUUCCGUUUUGACGUCGAGGUUCUAGAGUUCGAGAAGCAUCCGCACGAGGAGCUGGACGAAAAGGAGGACCACUUCUCCAUCACCAGCCUCUCGGCGACAGUAGCCUUGUGUGCCACCUGUGUGGCCGUGGUGGCCGCCUCCGUCUUCCUGCCCUGGUAUCUCAUGGAGAGGGUGGGAUCGCUCUGAGGGAUCAAUGGCAAAGGCACUAGCUUCUUGUAUAUAGGUACAGCCUUGACGGUAUUAAGUAGACUCUUGUACAUAAACAAGCGUAGAUUUAACUAAUUGUAAAUAGUACGUAUGUAUGUAAAUAGACUGUGUGGUUAAAAAAAAAAAAGCAAUAGAGUUUAAAAAACUCGCGGUGCAAUAGCCUGGCGAAUGUGACUUUGACAUAUUGGAUUGUAUUUUAGGAUGUGUAAAUUCUCAUAAGUAUAUUCGCUUGGUAAAUGCUCCAUCGAAGGAUCACAAAGGUAGUUUAUGGAAUAAACGAAAUACUUGCCUGUAAAAAAAACCCAGUUUUUUGAUAUUGAACCG